GCCGAGGAAGAGUCGAGGAGGCCUCGCCAGUCCACUGAGGGAUCAGUCUGCUACCGCUCUCGACCGCCCUAACACCAGCUGAACCCGUACGUUCAAGCUUCACUCUACUACAUAUACUUUUCUAUAAAGUAUCGUCUUUCUAGUCCACGGACUUAAUCCCUCUUUCAACUUCCCAAAGAACCCCCGCAACUGUUUGGGAUAUGGUUAUGGCAACGGCUGUCCUCGACACCUACAAUCAUAAUGUCAAUCACCCUCAUAUCGCAUUAAAGAAACCCCUGCUUCAGGAACCUCUUGAGCAAUAUGGCGUGAUUACUCCAAAGCAACUCAUCGGUCAGGCUCUCCACCAGCGCGUGGAGGCCAUUGACCAUGAGAUGUGUGAGCCUGGCGACGAAGAUACUUUCUUCGUUGCUGACCUCGGAGAGGUCUACCGCCAGCAUCUUCGCUGGAAGAAGAAUCUCCCUCGGGUCCGGCCCUUCUAUGCCGUCAAGUGCAACCCCGAUCCUCAGAUCAUCAAGCUUCUAUCUGAGCUCGGAACCGGCUUCGAUUGUGCCUCCAAGACCGAGAUUGAGCAGGUCCUGUCCGCAGGACUUAGCCCCGACCGCAUCAUCUACGCCCAACCCUGCAAGACUAACUCGUAUGUCCGAUACGUCAAGUCUGUGGGCGUCAAACAGAUGACUUUUGACAAUGCCGAUGAGCUCUACAAGAUCGCCAAGCUCUAUCCAGGAGCUGAGCUCUUCCUCCGCAUCAUGACCGACGACAGCGAGUCUCUGUGCCGCUUCAGCAUGAAGUUCGGUGCCGCCAUGGACACCACUGAGGGUCUUCUCGCCCUGGCCAAGGAUCUUGGUCUCAACGUUGUUGGCGUCAGCUUCCACGUUGGAUCUGGUGCCUCUGAUCCUCUUGCCUUCUACAAGGCCGUGCGCGACGCCCACACCGUCUUCCAGCUGGCCCACGAGUUCGGGUUCAACAUGCGCACCCUCGACGUUGGUGGUGGCUUCAGCGGCGAUACCUUCGAGACCAUGGCUGCUGUCCUCGGCGACGCCCUCGACGAGUUCUUCCCUCCUCACAGCAACAUCGAGAUCAUCGCCGAGCCAGGUCGAUACUAUGUUGCCACCGCCUUCACCAUCGCCUGCAACAUCAUCGCUCGCCGAACUGUUGAGGACCCCACUCUCGAUGGCAAGGGCUACAUGCUCUACGUCAACGAUGGCGUUUACGGCAACUUCUCAAACAUCAUGUUUGACCACCAGCAGCCUAUCGCCAAGGUUCUCCGCGCCUCCGGUAAGACCCUCUUCGAGACCACCGCUGCCCAUCCCACUCCCGAGGGCGAGGGCUUCGAGUAUUCCGUCUGGGGUCCUACCUGCGAUGGCAUCGACCGCAUCACUGAGAGCACUCGCUUCGACUCCAUUCUCGAUGUCGGUGACUGGCUGUACUUCGAGGACAUGGGUGCCUACACAAAGUGCUCUGCCACUCAGUUCAACGGCUUCUCCAACGCCCACGACGUUAUCUACGUCUGCAGCGAGCCUGGUGCCAAGGCCCUUCUUGGUCUGUGAUUCCAAUCACUUCUUGCACCUUAAUGGCUAGCGAAACCAUUUCUUUCGUGUUCUCUUUGGAGAAUCUUUUUGUUCGUAUGUUUUGAAUCUCAUCAUGGGCCGAUGAAAAUAGAAACACAAAAGUUGACAGUCAAUAUUUGAAAACGAGAAAAGAGCUAGAUAGACGGAUAUUAGAUCAUAAUUAAUUUCUGAACUGUCAAUCUCAGACACCUCUGUAAUCUCUUGCGAGACAUGUUGUACCACGGCACCUGCAUUUAUUACAAAUCACGGGGUCACACAGGUCUUCUCAGAUACUUUAAUUCGUUCAUUAAAUUUAUACAU